AUGAAUAGCGAAAACCACACAUAUCCCGCUAGCAAUCUAACCUGGCGCAUUCUCAACCAUGCCAAUGAGAACAACUACGCCGUGGGUGCGUAUAAUUGCUAUAACAAUGACGGAAUCAUGGCCGUCAUUCGGGCUGCCGAGCGCAAGCGCUCGCCUGCCAUUAUCCAAUUAUUUCCCUGGACCAUGCAUUUUCAGGGAUCGGAGUUCAUUCGCUACGUUGUAAGAGCUGCACAUGCGGCCACCGUGCCGAUCGCAGUCCACCUGGACCACUGCAUCAAGCCUGAGGAUGUGGACUUGGCUCUCUCCCUGCCCUUUGAUUCAAUUAUGGUGGACGCUUCUACGCUGGAUGAAGAGGCCAAUAUUCGCUAUUGCAAAGAGGUUGUAGACCGGGCAAAAGCUCUCAACAUCACCAUCGAAGCGGAGAUGGGCCGUAUCGAGGGUGGUGAGGAUGGUUUGCCAACCGUGGACAUGGAAGCAGUUAUGACCCGUCCUGAAGAAGCAGAGACAUUUGUACGUCGGACCAGUGUUCAUUUUCUGGCCCCUUCCUUUGGGAAUAUUCAUGGUGGUUAUCCGGCCGGUGGGCCAGAGAAAGCCUGGGAUCUUGAGCGUCUUUCGGCGAUUGGGAAGCUGUUGUCAAAGUCUACACCACUAGCCCUGCACGGCACACACCCGGUGUCUGACGAGCUUUUUCAACAGACGAUUACAUAUGGUGUGAGAAAGAUUAACCUUAACCGCACCGUGCGCGACGAUUAUACGGAUUUCGUGGCUGAGAAAGCCGGUUCACUUGAGUUCACGGUCCUCAAGAUCCGGGCAGUCGAGAUCUACGCUAGAUCGAUUGAGAGGAUGAUGGAUAUUCUAGGAUCGUCGGCACGCUAUUAG